UUGAAACCCGUCAGAUCGAUUUCUCUCUCUCUCGACAUCGGAGCAGCCAUGGAUCUUCGUCGGAGCUCGAUAGCACUGUUGAUCCUUUCUAUUUUAUCCCCGGUGACGCUAUCUAUGCGAUACGAGAUAAUUUCUGGUCACACGAAAUGCAUCUCAGAGGAGAUUCACGCCAACGCAUUGACCGUCGGGAAAUACAGCGUCGUAAACCCUAACGACGAUCAUCAUCCUCUUCCUUCUUCUCAUAAAAUCACCGUCAGGGUCACGUCGCCGCAAGGAACGGCUUACCACGAAUCAGACAAUGUAGAAUCGGGUCAGUUCUCGUUUACAGCGGUGGAUACAGGGGAUUAUAUAUCUUGCUUCUCCGCCGUCGAUCACAAGCCGGAGACGACGCUUACCAUUGACUUUGAUUGGAGGACGGGUAUCCAUACCAAGGAUUGGUCCACUGUGGCCAAGAAGAGCCAAGUUGAAACUAUGGAGUUUGAGGUUAAGAAGUUGUUUGAAACGGUGAAUUCCAUCCACGAAGAGAUGUUCUAUCUCCGUGACAGGGAAGAAGAAAUGCACAAUCUGAACAUAUCGACUCACUCGAAGAUGGCAUGGUUGAGUUUGGUGUCGCUUGCAGUUUGUUUAUCGGUCGCAGGUCUUCAGUUUUGGCACUUGAGGACUUUCUUCCAAAAAAAGAAGCUCAUCUAAAAGACAGAGAUUGUACUGAAAACCCUAAGACUAUAGCUUUAUAUACGCAACUGAUUUCAUUUUUGUCGAGCUUCAUUUUGUUACUGGAUUUUUCGGAUACAUGUCA